UGUGUUUAAGAAGGUACCUAUUUAUAUUUUAUUGUUUAGGGGAAAAAUAUUUUAAACGGUCGUGUUGUUAUUAAACUAAUAUUCAUUUAUUUUUAAUCAGUUGGAGUUACUUCGCUUAAAUAAUAUAAUUUAUCCUUCUACCAGAACUGUUACACGCCAGUAGCUACAAUGGGUCUACCGCAUUUCGAAAAAUGUUGCUGCUUCUUCGACUUGAAAACCGGGAAUAUUAUACUAGGAUGUGUUAAUGCUUUCCUAUCAUUUUGCCUAUUCGUGGCAAUGAUAGUGGCAGCUUGUGAAUUCGGCGCCAUGGAAAAGGACACAGCUAAAGAAAUGGAGAUAUUUAAGACCGUAGAAUCAAUAGAAGUGGAUGCGAGGCUCAGCGGACUUUACGCCAUGUCCGUUAUAUUGGUGCUCAUGUUUCUGGCCAAGCUGUUGUUCGACGUGUUUUUCAUCAUCGGCGUGAUCAUGGAACGAAAAGGAAUCAUCAAAGCGUACUUCAUCAUGUGGGUCGUAUUCAUGUUACUUUCUAUGUUCACUUUCUUCCUCAAUUGCGAGUAUUGGGGUGUGAAGACCAUCAUCACCGAAGUCAUCUACCUCAGUAUAAAUGUGUACGCUAUGUUGGUGUGUCACAGCUUUUACGUGCAACUUAAUAUGCGCGAAGAAGUCUAAAAUACCGCGUCAAUUACGAAUAUUCAUGCAGUCAAUAGAUUUACAUUAUAGUAUAUUAUAAUUUAAUACAAUCCAAGAGUCGAACGAGGCCAAGGCAGUGGCUCAAGAUAGAAAGCCGCGGAAGGAUCUUUUAGAGGCCCUGUGUACCUAUGGGGUGCCUUAGGACAUUCAACAACAACAACAUAAUUAAAUACGAAUAAAGCGCAAAAUCGCUAAAGGUAAGGAGAACGAACCUUAAGUAAUAAAAAAAAUCACAUUAAAAGCUCAUCAUCCUCCUUGCGUUAUCCCGGCAUUUUGCGACGGCUCAUGGGAGCCUGGGGUCCGCUUUGACAACUAAUCCCAAGAUUGGGCGUAGGCACUAGUUUAUACAUUCAAAUCACAUUAACAGCUAUAUGUUUGAAGUUUUGGACUCCAACAUAUUAAGUUAACUUAUAAUACCUAUAUUAGAAUUUUCAGGGAUACAUUUUUUAAAGCAUAACAUAAAUAAUAUAUUUGGCAUCUACCGUAUAUUUUUAGGUAUAAGUCAAUAUUAAAUGAUGUAAUAAAUGAAACAUUAAUAGUUAUUUAGUUGGUAACCUA